GCUUCAGCUUCAAUUCCAACAGCCUACUACACUCCAGAACUCCCACACUGAUCUACUCGGCACCGAACAGCAGCCAGUCCCGAGCUAACCAUGUCAUCAUCCGACUCGAACCUUCCAGACUUCGAGCAUUUUCUCUCCGACUCGAGCACAGAUAGCUCCUCGAGCCACAGCUUCCCAACGGCUGUCAUCGUGCUGCUUCCCCUUAUAACCGGCGUUGUCUUGAUGGCUGGGAUCUGGUGCUUUGCCGUGAAACGUGGAGCCCGGAACCGGGCUCGGACUCUAGCGAAGGAGCAGGAGCAGGAGCAGCAGUCCAAUCCUCAUGGCAGUGGAGCUGGAGCUGGAGAGACGCUGAUUCAUAUGCAGCAGAUUCCACCUGUUGUAGUUAGGCCCGGGGAACGGCAUGGGGUUGGUGAUGGGGUUAGGAAUGAGGUUGAGGAUGCGCCGCCUCCUUACUCGGUGGCGGUGCAAUCGGCGGACAGGAGCAGAUAA